AUUUCGUGGAUCCGGCGGCUCUUAGUGAUCUCCAAAAGUUUAGUUUUAUCGAAAAAGAAUAUUCACCACUAUAAUUAAUUAUAUUUCCCCAGCCCAUUGGAAUAUGGUAUAAUGUCCAAACGUGAAAUUUGUCGCUCGCCACACACAUAUAUAAUUAUAUAUAUAACAGAGCGUCUGUGUAUGUAUAGAUAAACACACAUUCAUUCAUCAGCCUCCCCUUUCUGUUUCUUACUUGUUCUCCCACUCUCGUUUCUGGUUCGUUGUCUUCAUUACCAGCUUAUGGGUGCUGCCGGAGAUAUCUGUUCUUCUCUGAACUGCGAACUCAAAAUCUUACAAGCAAGAAACGUGGAGAUAAAUUCACCAUCUAAUCUCUUCGUCAGAUUCUACCUCUCUGCAGGAAACAACAGAAAGAUCGAGCUAAACUCUGAAGAAAUCUGUACGGAAUCAGAUUUCCUCGUCUGGAACCAAUCUUUCUCUCUGGGAUGCCAAGGAAGCGAAGCCGCCAUCGAAGAGCUGAAGCAAGAAGGCAUCGUUUUCGAGCUCCGGCGAAGAAAACCGUCGUCGUAUUUCAGAAAGUUAUCGAGAUCGGAGCUGGUGGGUCGGGGCGAGGUUUCAUGGAAAUCCGUUUACGAGUCUAAGGGCUUGGAAAUGGAGAGAUGGGUCGUGAUGGGUCCGGCGAAAGAUCGGAUUUUGGAAGACGGGAAGCCUCCUUCGUUGAAGAUAUAUUUGAAGGUCGAAGCUUCACAAAUGGCGAAGGAGAAAACGGAGAAGAAGAAACAGAGAUAUUCGGAAGAUCUCUGUGGGUGUGGUAGAGAUUGUGAAACCUGCAAUUGUGCAGAUUAUGAAGCUCUCUUCUUGGUCGUAUAGUUUGUACGAUUUUGAACACCAAACAGAUACAUAAAACUAAAACAGCAUCGAUAAAUA